UGGUGGCUUCUUGAGCCGUUCACGCCACAAAUGUAAGGUUGACAGUCCUCCGCGUGUCACAUCGUUGCCAACACAGACCUUCCAACCCUUUAUCAAGAAGCCUCAAACCCAGAGGAAGCAACAACAACCUCAAAGACUCUCUCUUUCUCUCCCCCAUUCCACUGUGACGGAAUCCAUGGCAAACAAAGAGCUGCAAGUAGUGAAGGGUGUGGACCUAAAGAGGUACAUGGGCCGGUGGUAUGAGAUAGCCUCAUUUCCAUCGAGGUUCCAGCCCAAGAAUGGUGAAAACACAAGGGCUACAUACACCUUGAGAGAUGAUGGGACUGUGAAUGUGCUCAAUGAGACCUGGAAUGAUGGGAAAAGAGGGUACAUAGAAGGCUCUGCAUACAAGGCUGACCCCAACAGUGAUGAGGCCAAGCUCAAAGUGAAAUUCUAUGUGCCUCCCUUCCUGCCCAUCAUCCCUGUGGUUGGUGAUUACUGGGUUUUGUUCCUUGAUGAAGAUUAUCAGUAUGCCUUGAUUGGCGAGCCUACCAGGAAGUAUCUUUGGAUAUUGUGCAGGCAAACCCAUCUAGAUGAUGAGAUCUACAAUCAGCUGGUUGAAAAGGCCAAUGAAGAGGGCUAUGAUAUGAGCAAGCUUCACAAGACGCCACAGAGUGAUACUCCACCAGAGGGAGAAGAAGGGCCCAAGGACACCAAAGGCAUCUGGUGGAUCAAAUCCCUUCUGGGGAAAUAGGGAUAAUCACAGUAGUGUAUUGGGGUUUCACUGUUCAAGUACAUGUGAAAUAAAAGAUGAAAACCCUGAUUGCAGCAUACAGAUUAGGGAUAUUUGUAUGUUGAUUUGCUUUUGUAGUUUCUUGUACAGCAAGAAAUGGCGUAGAGGUGUGUGUGUGUGUGUGUAUUGAGUUUUGACGCCCAAACUCAAACUCUGUUGUAGUUUAAGUUGUGGACUAUUUACCUAAAUCUCAUCUGCGUCCUGUUCAGUUUGCUUUCAUGUGAAAGCUUGAUAUAAUAAUGAGCUUGGUUGGCAAAUACAA